AUGAAAGUCCGUUCGUCGGCUUUUGCCUCAUUUAUUUUAAUAUUCGAAGUUUUGGGGGUUGCCCUCUUCCUGCGGGGUUUUUUCCCUUUGCCUGUCAAGUCGUCACUGUCAUCCAAGAACAGGCUGGAAGACUUGCCAGCGGAGCCCCUGUCAGGGGGCUCGCCAAAUUCGUCUCACAUGCCGCAACCCUUGUUCAAAAGGGUGGUUAUCAUGUUAAUCGAUGGCCUGCGGGAGGAUUUUGUGUUCGGGACGGACGGUCGCAUGAACAUGCCCUACACGAGACACCUGGUGGAGAGAGGCUCAACACUCAGCUUUGUGGCAAAAGCUAGAAUUCCAACUGUCACCAUGCCCAGGAUCAAAGCAAUUACCACUGGCAGCAUUCCAGGCUUUAUUGAUGUCGUGAUUAAUCUGAAUUCCCCAGCCUUAAUGGAAGACAGUCUUCUUUGGCAAGCCAAAACAGCUGGGAAGAAAAUGAUCUUUUAUGGGGAUGACACAUGGGUGCGCCUUUUCCCCAAACACUUCAUGGAGUAUGAUGGCACAACUUCCUUUUUUGUGUCUGACUACACUGAGGUUGACAACAAUGUCACCCGUCACUUGGAUAGCACGCUUAAGAGGGAUGACUGGGACAUUCUGAUCUUACACUACCUUGGCCUUGACCACAUUGGUCAUAUAAGUGGACCUCACAGUUCCUUGAUUCAGCCCAAACUCUUGGAAAUGGAUGACAUUCUGAAGAAGAUCCACAGUGGUCUUAUUUCAAAGGACGCUGAAGGAUCUUUGCCCUUUCUGCUGAUUCUGUGUGGGGACCAUGGGAUGUCAGAAACCGGUAGCCAUGGAGGUUCCUCAGAACCAGAAGUCAAUACGCCCUUGGUGCUCAUAAGCCCUGCCUUCAAAAGGAAAGUCGGAAUGGAAAAGCCUGCUGACGUUGAGCAGGUUGACCUGACUCCAACCUUGGCCCUGACUCUGGGCCUGCCCAUAUCUCAAAACAACGUGGGCCGCGUCAUUCCGGGUGUCUUAGAAGAAACAUCACUGCGAGAUCAGCUGCGCUUUCUACAUCUCAAUGCACACCAGCUGAACUGCCUUCUCAAAGACAGUGUUCCAGAUUAUGGGAAAGAGGCAGGAUUUGAGCAAUACCGUGUGGCAGAGAAGGCCCAUGGGAACUGGAUGAAGCGUUACCUGGAGGGCAACACAUCAGAGGUCUUGACCAACAUGGGAAAGAAGGUCCUGAAGCAGUACUUGGAGGCCUUGUCAGCCAUGAGCUCAGCCCUCAGCAAACAGAUGGGAAAGUACGACCUGUACUCCAUGAUUGCUGGAAUGGUCUUUGUCUUUCAGCUGCUGUUGGUCUUAUUGUUGGCUAUGCCUGAAGCCCUGAGUGGCUCAGCAGCUGUGGACCUCCCAGUCGUCUCUGCAUUGCUCUCUUUGCCUUUCUACCUCUUGUGCCUGCUGCUUGCAUCUGUGCAUGUUCUGGUGUGCACAUCUGCUGAGAGUUCCUGCUAUUUCUGCAGCCUCUCCUGGGGUCUAGUGUUUGCUGCUAUCGCCUUCUCUUCAGCCAUGUCUUGUUUGCUUCUGGCUAUGAUGACAAGACGACUCUCCUUUGGACAACAUUUACAUGGGAAGUCACCUUUGAAGAACAGUAGCAGUGAUUGGUCACUGUCAGAGUUGGACGUUUUGCUUCUAGCAGGCACAGCCGGCCACACCCUCAGUUUGGCGGCUACAAGCUUUGUAGAGGAGGAGCAUCAAACCUGGUACUUCUUGCUUAGCACUCUCUGCCUCGCAGUCUUCCAGGAUGUUUGUCGCAAAUAUUUCAGAGAGAAAAGCUUCCCAAGCGGUGAGGAAGAGGAGGUUGUUCUAAUGUACAAAGACUCACCUAAGGAAGAGAUUUACUCUGAGAAGUGGCUAGCAUUAGCCACACCACCCUUUGUUCUGCUCUGUUGUCGACUGCUGCGCUCCCUAAACCAGACAGGGGUGCAGUGGGUUCAUCUUCGUGAUCUGGGCCAUUGGCUUAACAGCUCUGACCACAAAGUGGUCCUGUCCCUACUGUCAGCUUUCUGUUUGGUUCUCAUCUAUUUCCUGAUUCAAAGACGGUGCUCAUUAGUGUCCAAGGUUGCUCUCGCCCUUGGACUUUUGGGUGUUUACAUCUACCGGGCAGCUGUCGGCAAUGUCUUGUUUCCCUGGCACCACUCUGGUCGGAAUAUUUCCAAGGGCACCAAUGAAGCACGCUUUGUAUACGUUUUCAUUUUGGGUAUUCUCUUCACGGGCACAAAGGACCUGUUGAGAUCCCAAAUCAUUACAGCUGAUGCCAAAUUGAAGAACAGGGGGCUAUGGGAGAUUUUCAGUGGCUUGGUCUUGUUGGUUUCACUGUUGUUUCGUCCCCACAACCUGCCAGUGUUGUGUUGCAGUCUGCUUAUCCAAACUCUUAUGACCAAGUUCAUCUGGAAGAAGCUCCACUAUGAUGCUGCCCAGACCACCAUCAUGCACUACUGGUUUGGUCAGGCCUUCUUUUACUUUCAGGGUAAUUCCAACAACAUUUCCACAAUUGACAUCUCAGUUGGGUUUGUUGGUUUAGACAACUACGUAGAAGCUCCUGCCAUCUUCUUAACAGCUCUCAGUACAUAUGCCGGACCACUGCUUUGGGCUUGCCACCUUGUCUGUUACCUCAGCUCGGAGAGAAACAGGAGUCCUGUAGCAGUUGGCCAUGGCUGUUACUGUUUGGCUCUUCUCAGGUCGGUGCCGACUGCAGCGUACAUUGUUCUGGUGACCGUCCUGCGCUACCAUCUUUUUAUAUGGAGCGUAUUCUCUCCUAAAUUACUGUAUGAGGCCAUGCAUCUACUGCUCACGACUGCCGUCUGUCUCAUCUUCUACACCGUGGAGCAAAGCCACAUCCCCGCCACUCCUUAG